UUGGAGGGAAGUCGCCACCAUCGCUCCUGCUCCAGAUCGCGAUGGUGGCGACGCCGCCCACGAAGUCACGAAGACGAGGAGGAGAAGUCUUACAACGGGCUGAUGUUCUUUGAUGGUCACGGGAAGAUCGAGGGACAGGAGGCGUUGACCAAGCUAGCCCAACACCUCACCCGGCUGCAGUUGAGGGUGAGCCCCCAGGGGCACAGUUUUCAAGACGUCGAGUUGGGAGAACACAAAGACUUUGGAAUUCACUAUCUCCGACUGAACGAUCUUUUCAACUGGCCGGAUCACGGGGUGGGCAUGGCGGGCGUUAGCAUGUGGCAACGCCUCGUGCUGAAGUACACCGUACCGAAACGGGAGAAGCGGGCGGUGGCGGCGGCGAGCGGAGGGGUGAGCAAGGAGAAGUACGAGGAUUUGAAGAAGACGGUGAACAAGAAGGACGAGGAGUUGAGAAAGCUGAGGGCGGAGAUGGAAGAACAAGAGAAGGAGAUACAAACGUUGAGAGAUGAGAGGGACGAUACAACCGAACAGCAGGAGGCGGAGAUACGAGAGCUGGAGAAGGAAAAAGACGAGGAGAUCGGGGAGCUGAUGAAGAGGAAAGACGACGAGUUACGAAUGCUGAAAAAGAGGAAGGACAAGGAGAUACAAACGUUAAAGGAAGAGAGGGAGGAAGCAAGUGAACGGCACGAGGAGGAGCUGCGGAAGGUGGAGGAGGAAAAGGACGAGGAGCUGAGAGUGAUGAUGAAGAGGAAAGACGACGAGUUGCAGAUGCUGCAAAAGAGGAACGACGAGGAGUCGAAGCAAAAGAACGAUGAAUUGAAGACGCUGAAGAGAGAAAAAGAGGAUGGAGCCAAGCUGAGCAAAGAGAAGGAUGAGGAGGAGGUAAAAACAUUGAGGGAAGAAGUGGUGAAUUUGAGAAAGGCUAACAAAGAAAACGAAGCUGCUGCUGGGAAAGGGAAAAUACUGGUGAAUGGUGAUGAAUGGCACAAGUUGAAGAAUGAUAACGAAGCACUGCGAAAGUCGAUGAACGAGAAGGAUGCCGAAACGCGCAAGCUAAGGGACCAAGUGGCUCAACUUCAAGAGCAGGAGCAACGUCGCAACCAACCAUGGGCAUGGACGGGUGCGAUACGGUUCCUCGGCGAGAACAGAGUUCUGGGAAGAAGUCUUCACUUCACCACGAAGAAGAAGACUCAGUGUUGUGGGCUUAAACUUCUGGCCCAAGUUGAUUUGUUUAAUUUUAGGGUUUAUCCGAAGGAGAAACAACCGAAGAAAAAUCUCAUCGUCUCGCGCUCAACGAUCCAUCACGUAGUACGCACAACAAGACGGCCGGUGCCACAGGAUACUUGGCGCAGUGUCAAGAUUGAAUCGCCGCCUGACUGUCAUUAUGUUUAUGAUCCAAGUACCAACGAGAGCACCUCGCCAUUUCCGAUGGCAAAUUGGUUGGUGGUGGAUGAAGAACACAAUGAAUGGCCUCUUCCUCCUAAGAUCGGCGUGCGCUGUGUGCCUGACCAAUUCGACAAAGAUAACUGGUGGUUCGUGAAGGCAGCCCACCCAGAUGGCCGCUUGGCGAUGAUGGCUUAUUACGACGGCGGCCGGAGUUCUUACACUACCCCGAACUAUCGGUUCCCUGUCCGGCUUCCCUUUCCGAGGAACUGCAAAUUUUACACAACUACACAGUUCUUCCUGAUUGGGCUGAACGGCGCCAACAAGCUUGCUUUCUCGUACCGGGACUAG